GCAGCGCUGUCGACGCCGACGCCGACGCUGCCUAAUUGUUGUUCUUGCAAUUGUCUUUGCAUUUGAUUUGAGUUUUGGUUUUUAAGCGCAGCUUAAGCAAGAAUUAAAGUUCAUUUGUUCUCCGGUGAUUGCAGUGUAAACGUGACGGACGUUUCUCUUCCCCCGUCUUCAUCAUCCUCUUUUUUUUAUGUUUUUUUAUUGUAAACAAAUUGCAACACGCGCGUGCGUUUUUUGGCAGCUCAUUAAAUACCAGAAAAUAUAAUAAAUAAAAAUAAAAUUUACAAAUAAUAUGAACUUGAGAGUCGCGUUUUAUUUGCUUGUUUUAUUUUCUGUAUUCCGUUUUGUAUUUUACGCGCAUUUUGUGUCUCUUUCACAUUUUUUACCUCUGUUAUGUGCAUUGCAUUUUAUUGUUGAGCACCAACAACAACAAAAACAACAGCAACAACAACAACAAUGAGAACUAACGAUUUUGAAGCCAAUGGCAAAUUAAAGGAGAUGCCAACAACAACAUUAACAGUUGACAAGCAGCAAGCGGAGCAACAGAGACAGCAACAGUUGGAGUUUCCAGAAUAUCCCAGAAGUGUGGCCUUUAUCAUUAGCAAUGAGUUCUGCGAGCGUUUCAACUACUAUGGCAUGCGAGCCAUUCUGGUUCUGUAUCUCACCCACAAACUGGGCUACAAUGAAGAGACAUCGACGGUAUUAUUUCACAUAUUCACAAUGUUGGUCUACAUUUUUCCACUGCUCGGCGCUUUAAUUGCCGAUGGUUGGCUCGGCAAAUACAAGACGAUAUUAUAUCUAUCGAUCGUCUACAGCUUGGGAGCAUUAAUCGUGGCGAUUGGCGCAGUUCCCAUCAAUGCAAUGCCUGUUAAGUUGGUGACCAUUGUAGGACUGAUCUUUAUAGCAGUGGGUACAGGAGGGAUAAAACCCUGUGUCGCUGCCUUUGGCGGGGAUCAGUUUCAGCUGCCGGAGCAGAGUCUGGAGUUGGCCAAGUUCUUUUCGCUGUUCUACUUUGCGAUCAAUGCGGGAUCGAUGAUCUCGACGACGGUGACACCGAUUCUUCGUGCCGAUGUCCAUUGUUUUGGCGAUGACGAUUGUUACUCGUUGGCCUUUGGAGUUCCAGCCGUGCUCAUGGUCGUCUCCAUGCUGAUCUUUGUGGCCGGCAGAGGGCGCUAUCGAAUGCAACCGCCAGCGGGAAAUAUGAUCUUCGGCGUCUCUCAAUGCAUCACGAAUGCGUACAAAGGAUGGCGACAGAAUCGCAAAGAGAAACCAAUGAAUCACUUUCUGGAUUAUGCGACACCUGUCGUCGGACAGCAGAUGGUGGAUGAGACCAAGUGUCUGGUGAAGAUUCUCGUGCUCUACUUGCCAUUCCCCGUCUUCUGGGCACUCUCCGAUCAGCAGGGAUCCCGCUGGACAUUUCAGGCGACGCACAUGAAUGGCAACAUUUGGGGUGGAUACGAGAUAAAACCGGAUCAGAUGCAGGUCAUUAAUCCGCUGCUGAUUCUCGCCUUUAUUCCGCUCUUCGAUUACGUCAUUUAUCCGCUGCUCUCAAAGAUCGGCAUUCGACGUCCGCUGCAGAAACUGACGAUUGGUCUUCUUCUUGCCGCCGUGGGAUUCUUUCUGUCGGCAGUUGUGGAAAUGCGACUGGAGCAGUUGGAGCCCGCAGCGUUGCCAGAGUCCACGGAAAUCGCACAUUUGCGUCUUUACAAUGGCAUGCCAUGUCGGUAUGUUUUCACUGGUGAAUUCAGUGGUGAAUUCAAUAACUCAGCGCAUAAGCAGUUCAUUGAACCAUUGGGCAUGUGGUCGAAUUUAACCCUACACGUGCCACAGCCCAAGCAGUUUGAAUUCAGCGCCAAAUCAGAGUCCAGUAAGUGUUCCAACAUCCAGGGAAGAAUUCACUUGCAGCCCGGCAAAUCGGUCAGUUACUUUCUGGCCCAGGAUUCACUGCUGGAGUUCAGCGAUGGUCUGAAUUCAGUUCAUCAUGCCAACAGUGCUCCUCUGAUUCGUACUCUGCUCAAUACUCCACUAAACGAGGGUCCCAUUCUGCUGAAGGCACCUGUUUCGGGUAUCCCUGGUAUUACGCUAGACGGCAGCAAUCUAUCGGCAAUCCACGAAGUUGCCCUCGGCUAUGGCGAGCUGAACAUCAAUGGAAAGCGGGCUGCCAGCUUUGAGACCAGGAACGGAGGACUCUACAGUCUCUUGGUGCAGGGAAAUGCUCACGAUGGCUACCAAUACAACAUGUUGAUGGUGGUGCCACCGACCUCGCUGUCGAUUCUGUGGCAACUGCCGCAAAUUGUGAUAAUGACGGCGGCGGAGAUAAUGUUUUCGGUGACGGGUCUGGAGUUCUCCUUCACCCAGGCACCGGUCAGCAUGAAGGCGGUACUGCAGGCCUGUUGGCUGCUAUCGGUGGCAAUUGGCAACAUGAUUGUGGUGGUUAUAGCCGAGUUGAAGUUUGUGGGUUCCCAGUCAGCGGAAUUUGCACUCUUUGCCGCCUUGAUGUUGAUCAAUUUGCUGAUCUUUCUGCUUCUUGCACGCAACUACAAGUACACGAAUAUGCCGGAGAAUCCCGAAAAGAGUUUCCUGGAUGAGCUCACUAUGAACAAGGAUCAGAAGAAGCACGUUCAAAUCGCUGCAGAAGGCAGUUAUCGGAAUGCUGCCUUCGAUCAUGAUCUAAAUGCAUAAAAUCUCCAAUUUAAGCUGAUUUAUUUACUAAACCAAUUGAUUGAUAUGUUUUUAAAUUUAUUUGUUUAUUUAAUGCAUUUUAUUUAAAUUUA